CAUGGAGAGUAUAUAUAUAGAUCUUAAUGAUCUCCCGCUAACAGUGGCACCGAUUUUGUCUUCCCAAAUUUUCUCGUCUGAGCUCAGGUCGCAUGGCCGUGGCUUCUUGUGGCAGGCCAGCAGCUGCCUCUUCUUCAUCUUCUUCACUCGAAUCAUUAAAAUCUAGGGUUUAAAACCCUAAUUUUCACUGGGGUUAUCUGACUUAUUAUUAUCUUUUUUUUUUCUUUCUAAAUUUGUUCGCAAGAUUGAGUUUGAGAAUGGAUCAAAACCUCCACCAUCCGCAACAAUGGCAUCCCAGGCCAAUUCAAGGCACUGUCUGUCCAGUUUGUGCGAUGCCCCACUUCCCCUUUUGCCCUCCCCAUCCAUCUUUCAACCAAAACCCUAGGUAUCCGUUGGGGCCCGAUCCCUCUUUCCAAAGACCCGGUUUCGACCCGCAUCGUUUACCCAUGGGAAUGCCGCGCCCGUCCAUGGGAAAUCCUGACGAUGGUUUCGCAGAUCAGAGGCCGUGGUUUAGGAAUUCUUACGGGCAUGUCCCGUUUCAUCCUCAUAGAGAAGGCUUUUUGCCGCCACCUUAUGAUUACGGCGGCAAUGAGUUUAUAAACGACGCUGAAAGAAGCUACAAGAGACCGAGGGUUGAUGAUGUGGGCUCGGACGGGGUUGUUCAUGAACUUGGUCGGAAGAGCUCCAGGAGUUCGUUCGAGGACGAGCGCAGGUUGAAGUUGAUUCGAGACCAUGGGUCUGCAUCGAAUGGGCCGCUUGAAGGUGGUUCUAGUUCCUUGCCCAGAACGAAUUUGGGUUCUAAUUGCGAGAGUUCAGCGCUCGAGGGCAAUUUCAGCAAGUCUGGAUCUGGGGACCCGGAGGAAGUCGGCCGCUUCCUUGGUGGCAAAAGUGAUUCGGAUAAUGGGAUUAAUGAUGGAAGAAGUCAGUACUUUCACGAGGAAGGUAAUUUGGCUCCUGCAAGACAAUUCCAGAAUGGUGGGGAAGGUCUUUGGUCCGAAUUGAAUCAUUCGGCAGCAGCAUCUGGAAACAGAAUUGACGCACGGCGAUCCACCCAAAAUGAAGAAUUUUCACAUUCUCGAUAUGAUCACGUUGGAGGCCAUUGGGGUGCUCAGCAUAUGCCACACCCUGUUCCUCCUGAAGCCACCGAAGACAGCUAUCUCACUAUCAGAGACGAAUCGCACUAUUCUGAUAAUCGGCAUGCAUUUCUCUGGAUGGAUGAUACAAAUAACAGCAAAAUGAACGUUCUUGAUCGUGACCAUCGGCUGCCCCAUCGCUUUGAGAUGAACCCAAUUCAUACGAGGCAGUUUCCGUCGCAGGGAUGUGAGGUUUUCGAAGGAAAUGCUCAUCAUGGAACUCGAAACUUCAAUUUUGGUGCAGGAUACGUUCGGCGGCUUUCUGGGGGUGGUAGGUUUUUGGAAAAUGGAAGCGCAAUUGAAGAUUCUCGCUUCUUUGAUGAGCAACCCCCUCUUCCUGCUUCCCCACCACCACCUAUGCCUUGGGACGCACACUCUUCUCAGGCAAAAUCUUCAUCUCUGUUUCCUGUUCCUGUUAGUAGCUCAGUAGUAACGUCAUCCACAUAUUCUUCAGUUCCUGAACUACGCUCCUUUCACCACAAUAAACCAGUGCCUCAUGUUUCUUCGAGCCCUAUGAUGGAGGAUGCUCUGGCAGUGCACCCCUCGUUUUAUAAGAAGUUUGCUGCAGAUGGCAAACCUUUUGGAUUGAAGCAAUUUCCUCCGCUUAAACCCAAAGUUAUUGAUGCUUCGCAUUUAUUCAAGCUACCUCAUCGAUCGACUCGUCCCGAUCACAUUGUGGUUAUCCUCCGAGGGCUUCCAGGUAGUGGAAAAAGCUAUUUGGCGAAGAUGUUGCGUGACGUUGAAGUUGAAAAUGGUGGUGAUGCUCCUCGUAUACAUUCUAUGGAUGAUUACUUCAUGACAGAAGUGGAAAAGGUUGAGGAAGGUGAUGCCAAUCCAUCAAAUUCAGUUAAAGGCAAGAAGUCGAUUGUGAAGAAGGUCAUGGAAUAUUGUUAUGAACCUGAAAUGGAAGAGGCUUAUCGGUCAAGCAUGUUGAAAGCAUUCAAGAAGACCCUUGAGGAGGGGGUAUUCACCUUUGUAAUUGUGGAUGACCGCAAUCUGCGGGUAGCUGAUUUUGCUCAGUUUUGGGCAAUUGGAAAGAAUUCGGGCUAUGAAGUUUACAUUUUGGAAGCUACGUAUAGGGACCCUGCAGGCUGUGCAGCAAGGAACGUGCAUGGAUUUAACCUUGAUGAUAUACAAAAGAUGGCUAGCCAAUGGGAAGAAGCUCCGCCUUUAUACUUACAAUUGGACAUCAAGUCUUUGUGCCAUGGGGAUGACCUUAAUGAAAGUGGAAUACAGGAGGUGGACAUGGACAUGGAAGAUGGAGAUGAUGAUAGUCUGCCUAGUUUUCAAGAAACGAAGUCCGAGAAGACAGCGUCACCUCCACUAAGAGAUGAUGCUUCUGAAGAUGAUGGGAAGAGAUGGGAUGCAGAACCAGACCAUGUGAGAGAGGAAGUAAAAGAGUUAGGUAGGAGUAAAUGGUCAAAUGAUUUGGAUGAAGAUGAUACAGAGAGAACUGAUGGCCUGAAUGGUCAUGCAAAUGCUCUCUCUGGCCUCAUUCAAGCAUAUGCCAAAGAAGGAAAAUCCGUGCGCUGGAUGGACCAGGUUGGUAACACUGGAUUUUCAAUAGGUGCUGCAAAAAAGGCAAACAGAUUAUCUUUAGUUAUUGGUCCUGGUGCUGGAUAUAAUCUGAAAUCGAACCCAUUAGCAGUAGAAGAAUACGUGGGGGGCACAGCCCAAAACAGCAGUGAGUCAAAGAGACACAGCAGAUUCGAGGAGCGAUUGCGUGCAGAAAGUGAAUCCUUUAAGGUGGUUUUUGACAAAAGGCGACAGAGAAUAGGAAUUGAUUGGGACGAUGAAUAGGGAAUGGGAUGAAGAACAUGAACAAGCAAAGCAAAAAAAUGUUUGCCCAUUUUUUUUGACAUUUUGUCCCCUUGAAUUGAAAUAUGGUGGCUCAGUGUCAGUGUGUAGGGCAGCGCAGUGGGAGAUGUUUGAAUUGAUGAAGAUGGUAACUUUUUUCUACUCCCAUCUUAUGGUUUGAUCGCCAUUUUUGCUGGUCAGAGUUCGUGUAACCAAUAACAAUGCUUUUUCGUUCCAUUUAUUUGUCUCCUAAAACUGCUUCAUUCAUCAUUGUAAAUUACAUCCGCCAAAUGAUAUUUGCAUAAUUAUCCCAAUUUUAGUGAUUUUCAUUCUUA